CUUUCCAUCAAACAAUUUUUCUUUUUCAUCCCCCUCUUCUCAUUUUCAUCCCCUUUCUACAAACCUGAAUUUCUCGUCAGAUCCCAGCGGAAUCACUCCGUCUUCAUCAUCUCACAUCACAUCAACGAAAACCUUUCCCGAUUUCACCCGAAAUUUCAUUGUUACCUAUCAGGGAAAAGAAGGUUCAUGGCUGUAACUGUCAAUUUGGAAAGAAAAAAAAAACUGUCAAAUUUUAGGUUUUUUGAUGGUAUUUUUGUUUAAUUGUUCUGAUUGAGGUGGAUUUUAGAAUGGCACAGCAGCAUGAGAUAUUUUGUCAGUUUGGAGUAACUAACGAUGGAGCACCACGAAGAAGAAGAAGAGGAGGAGGAAGAAGAAGAAGCAAAAGGAAAUUCAAACACAGCGUCAACGACAACGGCAGAGAAAAAUUACACUGAUGAAAUUAGAUCAAGUGGAGGAGGAGAAGGUGGUAAUGGUGGUGGUGGAGGAAUAUGGAGAAGUAAUGUAGAUGAUUUUUGGGCAUUCGUUGAAGGGUAGUAAUUAUGAUAAUUGAGAAGAAAUCUGGUGGAGGGAGGAAUCAGGAAUGGGUAUGCUAAGUUUGUUGUCAAGAAGAAGAUGUACAAGCAGCUGCAACCUGCUUCCUCCUCCUUUUUCAGAGCAACUAUUCUUCGAGAUCUCUAGUCGGUGGUUGCUGCUCGGCUAUUGGUUCUGAAUUUUCUGAAAAACCUGUUUACUCGGAAGAUUUGGUUUAUUCAUUUUGCUAUAACAUAAGGUUCUAUACUCUCAGAACCCCAAUUGCUCGCUGGAAACACCUAAACCGCAAAUUGCUGACUCAGAGUGGAUUUUGAAAGAUGAACUCUUUCUUAAUAUUUUCUUUUCUAAAAUUUCUACCCGCCCCUGCAAGAGUUCCCUUACCCGACCCAUUUCCCCAACCUGAACCCCAAGUAGAAUUACUUCCAGAUGGGCCAGAGCCUGAGAUUAUAGAAAAACUUCUCACGGAAGAAGAUCUGAUUGACGGCAUAUCAUUCCCUAUCCAAGAAUUCGAUGAGUCUGUUCUCCAGCAUUGGGUUAAUCAGAGUACAACAGGUAUCUGGUCAGGACUUCUACCCCACAUUCGCAUAGAUAUCUUCAUUUUUGGUUACAAAUAUAAUCCAAAGUUUGAUUCUGGAGAGACUACUAUCACACUGGGUUCCGGCAGAAGAGAGAACAACUAUAUUUUGGGAUUGAAUACGUAUGACAACCCAUUGUGGUUUCGUGAGAAUUUUGUUCAGGAUUUCUGUUUAUCCGUGGGUGAUAAAGUCACACUGCUAUAUGAGGAAACACGUUUAAGAUUUUGGAUUGAUUACGACCAGGGUUAUAGUCCAACAUUGAGACCUGAAGCAGCAGAAUAUUUGUUAGAUCCAGAAGACUAUCUUUUUAACUGGGAUCUAAUUAAAUUUGUGCAUCCCAUUGAUACGAAGCAUGGUCUGGUAUUGCCGUCGUUUAUGUUUGAAGGCAGGAUUCCACAUUGGUGGUGGGCUGCACCACUUGGGGAAACAGGCCAUGGGCUAACUAUUGGCGUACGUGAUUUGGAUACUAAUACAAACUACGAAAUCAGUUUCAAGGAUGCUGGUGACGGUCAUUUCAUUCUUUUCUGGGGGACAGAUUUUGUGGAGCGCAGAAAGUUUCGUGCAACAAACUGGAUCGGAUUUUACUUCGAUAAAAACUCUGGAUUGCUCGGUAUUUCUCUUCUUCGCCGCUGAAGCUGAAGACCUUUACUUGUUGCUGGUAGAAAGCAUUAGCUUGAACAACUUCCAUAUGGAUGUCAUUUGCUUCAGCGCCUGCAUUUUCUAUUAUCAGACUUGGUCAUUGGUGAAUAGUUGCAUGCCUGUCAACUUAUGGUUUGUGGUAUGUAUCUUCUGUCUUUACUACACCAACUACUCUGCAACUUCAUUUGGCACGUCAAUUCUACUGCAGCCGAGGAAUUUAACUACAGAAAAAGGAUGCAAAGGUGAAGUCGGUGUUAUAUGUUGUUCAUGGGGUCUGCAAUUGCUAGUGACAAAAUCAGGAGUGGUUUUUCUCAUAAUUAUAUGACAAAAAGUUUUUUUUCUUUUAGGAUGUAAUUUGGACUGCAAAAUAUCUGAAUAUGAUUUUUCAAUUAGUCUAGUACAAAUGUUCGAAGCUUGGUUAAA